AUGAAUAGAGGCAGAGGUGGAUUCAGAGGUGGACGCGGAGGUAGAUCCGGUCCCGUUCAAUACGGUCCCCCAGAUACAGUGUUAGAGAUGGGUUCAUUCAUGCAAGCUUGCGAAGGUGACAUUGUUUGUCGUUCUAUAAAUGUUAAAAUUCCAUACUUCAAUGCCCCAAUAUAUUUGGAAAACAAGACACAAGUAGGGAAAGUGGACGAAAUCUUGGGUCCAUUAAACGAAGUGUUUUUUACAAUUAAGCCAUCAGAAGGUGUUAAAGCAGAAUCUUUCAAAGAAGGAGACAAGUUCUAUAUUGGUCCUGAUAAAUUAUUACCAUUAGAAAGAUUUUUGCCAAAACCACCAAGCGUGGGUCCAAAACCUAAGAGAAAAACUGGUGGAAAGUCUGCUGGUGGAAGCAGCCGUGGUGGGUUUUCCUCUAGAGGUGGUGGCCGUGGUGGAUUCUCAUCAAGAGGCGGUGGUCGUGGCGGUUUCUCAUCAAGAGGUGGUGGUCGUGGAGGUGCCCGUGGAAACAGUAGAGGUGGAUUUAGAGGAGGAAGAGGAGGAAGAUUUUAG